AUGCAAAUGUUUCACAUUACUCCCCUCAGAUCCGGCUCUGGUAGUGCGUGCGUCCUUAAUGACGUUAUGUACUACCACGAUAGUUUUGAGAAGUGUUUAAACAGGUAUGAUCCGAAGGAGAGGCGCUGGGGAGUGGUGAAAGGUUUGGAUGAAUUGUUGGCUGAGAUAGAACAUCAAUAUUUCACGAUGAGUGUGCCGUAUGCUCGGAAUCUGGUUUUGUUUUUUAUGAACGAGAAAGAAAGAUCGAGUGGUGAAGCAACAGUGAAGAUUUGGUGUGCGGAGAUUUCGCUGGGGAGACAUCAAGGAGGUGAUGUUUGGGGUAAAGUUGAGUGGUGCAAUCAGGUUGGGGUUGCUGAGACAAUGUACUUUUUGAGACCUAUAGUUGUUAUAGUUUGA